ACGAUUUGAAUUUGAAGUGAAUUGUGUAAAGUAGCUAAUCUUGUGCGGACCUUUCGGUUAAAAAUCGUUUGUAAACAUUUAAAUAAAUUAUAAAGAAAUAUACUCGUAUAUUUAAAAGAAAGAAAGUAAAAAUUAUGAAAUUGCUUCUCUGGUUUUUUAUUCAUUGUGGCUUAAUGGCCGCUUGUAGUAUAAACAUGAUAACUGCCAAAAGUCGCGGUCUACCAAAUAUAUGUUUACAGCCCCCACCGCGGUCGGAGGGAUUGUGUACUGUUGAAAUUGAGGGAUUUUAUUUCGAUUUAAGAGCUAAUGACUGCAAAAUGUAUGUAGUUGGUGGAUGCCGCUCAACCCCCGGGCAGAGUUUUGGUUCAAGGCAAGAUUGUUUAGCAACGUGCGUGCAUGGAAUAAGACGCAUACAGGACUUGUUCAUUAACGAGUAAAAUAGUGUAUCUUAUGCGAGUUCAUUGUCAUUAUCUGCAUCUAUAUCUCCCUGUAUUUGCUUCACAUUAAUUUUUUAACUUCUUAUCACCUAAAAAAUAAACAACAAAAACAAAUAGAAACACUUAAAAUCCAUUGAUAUUGCGUAUGUUUAAUAUUGAAUGAGACUCAAUUGAUGUAAGAACAGUCGAUCCAAAUGUAAAUAUACGCUAACAUCAGUUUAAUAUAAUUUUUGAAUUAACAGAGAAUUAAUCAGAGUGCCGAACUUUACAGAUUUUUUGACUAUACAAUAAAAUAAUUAUACUAUUUUUAAAUAUUCGUCUAGGUAAUGUUAGGUUGGAAGAACGGAUGAUUUUACACCAAAGUCCAUUUGUGCUCAAACAAUGUCCCAAUGAAUUGACGUAAUUAGAAGACGUGAUGCCAUGGGCAAUUUACACAAGUUAACUGAAAUUGGUAAAAAAGUUCAACUUUCACAGGUUUUACAAUAUAUCCUUUAAUUAUUUCCCAGGAUUUAACAAAAUGUUUUGUUUUAAAAAAUAUGUGAAAUUUGUUAAUGACCCCAAAUCACUUUUACAAAAGAUUGGUUGAAUUAUAUUUCUUUAGAACUCUUUAAAUGGGAGUACAUUUGAUAAUAAUUCAAUGACACGAUCUGAAUAACUAAACGACAAAGAAGUAUGGAAAGAUAUCUACAAAUUGCCAAGAAAAGUUUGUUUCCAGUUCUUCCGUUAACAUCUAGAAAAUGUAACUGUGGACUUGAGGAUUUUCGAAAUCUUUAGUGGUAGUUUCAAUACAGUGCUGCUGUUAAUUAGAGAUUUUUAAUGUGGUUAAACCCCAUAUUAAGACGAAAACUCUUUAAAAUCUUUAUGCAUUUUAAUGAAAUGGAGUGAAGUCGUAAUUGAGUGUAGAAUACACAUAUCUAAUUUCUGUACUACUACAGCAAAAUGGAAAUAAUGGGCAAUUGCUUGUAUUAUUAUUAAUAUAUAAAGAAAUUGUUGCUAUGUCACAGUCUUUGUGCAAAUAUUUAACACAAUUUGUUCCAUUAUCGGUCUGAAACACAGUUUUUUUCUGUGAAAUGUCGGCUGAAACAUUUCGUUAUUUUGUCUGAUUGUGCCCUGCGAUUGAAUCCAGUACCGCCAUAUGGUUUUCAGUUAACCAAUUAAGAACUGGUGUCAUGAACCCAGAGAUGCUGUAAGAUUUAAUAGAAUUCUUCUCGGGAAACCGAAAUAAAUGUCUCAUAGAACACGAUAGACCUGUGUGCUUUCUAAUAGUAAUAGAGAGUUUUUUGUGUAAUGUUUUACAUACGUAUAACCCUUUAAAAAAUUUUAAAAGUGAUUAGUUUUUCACUGUUAAUAUUUUUAUAUAUACUUUGUAUUGAGUUUACCAAAAAAUUUUAAUUUGUGGUCUUUAUAUUGGAAGCAUUUAUUGAUAGCAACGGAUGGAACUAAAUAAAACAGCGAAUAAUCUUAAGAUGUGAUUUUUUAUGCCUCUAUUCUAUUUUUUUUAUUAAAUUUUUUAGUGAAUUUUUAGUCAACCUCUCUAUAUACUAAUAUUACAUUACACUGUGGUUGGGAACCCAGGAUGAUUUAGCUAAAAUCUCUACAUGAUGACCAACAUUUUUGGAAUACAUAUGACACAAUUUAUAUUUAUGAACAAUUCAACAUAUUCGCAAAAUUUGGCCCCUACCUUCCAUAUCGAAACUUGAAUAAGUGAUUAGAAGGAAUGUUAUAUACUACUAGAUAUCAUGUAAUCGACGUCACAGAGGUUCGUGUUGAAUGGUUGGCCGAAUGGUUUGAAAGAGUUAAGGAACCGUUAGAUCAAAUAUAUCGAUCUUAAAGCGGACUAUAUUGGCAGAUCAAAAAGAAUGAAAUAAAAAAUACUUAACACAUAUUUCUACCAAGCAUUUUAACGACUUCUUAACAAAUUUGUUGAUUUCAUACAGCAAGUUUUCGAGGUUUUUUCUUUAAAAAACUGAUCACGAAAUGUACAAUUAAUGUAUCGAUACCGUUCAGUAGAGGUUACUUAAUUUUUGCUGAAAAGGUCAGAUAACGCAUAAUACUUUUGCUGUAAAUCUAUUGCGACCUUUUUUUGCAAUAUCUUACAUCAGACAUGUUGAGUAUUCAUAGUAGAUCUUAAAAUUAAUUGUUUUGUGUUUAACAAUGGAUAAUAUCCUUACAGUCCAACUAAACACAGUCACCUUAUGAUGAGUUCUUAUCAUCUGUUACCAUAGAAUUCUAAGAAGUUUAAUAUUGUGUUACUCAGUUUAUGAGGUAAGGAAAUACCGAGUUUUUUUUAGUAACUAGCUAUAUGUGAGUGCUUUAAAAUAAUUUUUGGUCGAUCUUUAAUUCUUUAGCUAUGUUACGGCUGAUCACAUACCAAUUUUCUUAAGUCUUAUCCAUAAGCAAUCAAGUCUCUAGUAGUUGAUUUCGAUGGCGUUUUUCACAUAAAUAAUACUAAUCCUUUCAUAUGCUUUUUUUCCUUUUCUGGUAGUAAUAUUUGAGAAUAAAUUGAAAUAUUUUUUCAAAACUUUACUUAUAAUACUUUUGUUCUCUGUUCCCGCCUCUGAUCGAUUAAUGACACCCAUAGCACGCACUGGUAUUCUCUAGCAUUCUCUUUAAUGUAGUGAGCCUUUACGUACUUCACUUCAAAACACUGUAUACAUAUAUCGCAUAUAUAUUUAUGUAUCUUCUUUUCGUGAUCUUCACCAUUUUAAUGAAUAAUAAAUAAUAGUAAUAGUAAAUAUUUCUUAUCUCUUUUGGAAUGGGUACACCAAAUAAUUUUCUCUUUGUACUACCAAAGACCUCUUGAAUCCAUUUGUGGAAACCAUUUUAGUUUCAAUAGCGUUAUUUUCUGAAAUAAUACUAAAAUAAUAGUAUCAACAAAAAACAAAACAACAAUAUGAAAUUUCAACAAAUUCACCCAAUGAAACAGUAAUACUUUUCAACCGAAUGCUGGUCUCUUUCAUCGAUUAGUACACAUUCUGUGUAUUUAAUAAAUUUUAGAAUACAUUUUGUAAAAGACUUUCCGAUUAUAGAUGCGACUUUUAAUCACAAUAUUCUUAUAUCUCAUCUUCGGUAAAACUGUGAAGUGAACAGAACGAAAGAAAAAUUUUAAUCCUCUUUUAGGCGGAGACCAAGAAGUGUUAUGUCACACGAGAUAUGUAAACCCAUUUUUUAAGGAUCUCUAACGUGUUAUUAAACUUAGCGCAAUUCUACUAAGUGAAGAUGAAAAAUUAGAUAGAUAAAUUAGCGAAUAAGUUUUCUUGUAAUGUUUUUCCAAUGGUAUUUUUCAAAUCUGCUGGAAAUUUCUACUUAACCAUGAAAUUCCUUCCUAAAACGUUUUUUCGACCGAAUGUUUCAAAUUUUCUGGAAAGCCCUACUUAACCACAACCUAAAAAUGUUUAUUCACUCUAAUCUGACGUUCCGUAAUGUUGAUUGCGAUCUGCAUAUUGCUAUAUCCGUCAGUGUUUGUUUUUGAUGAGUCCAAAAGUUUUAAAAAGUGCUUUCGCAAUAUCGUUUUGGACAUGUCAACGAAACGUGUACCAGAAGGCAACCAACCAGUAAUGUCUGGUCAUAAGCAGUGAUAUUCAUAUAUUAAAAUCGUACACAUUAAAAUUAUUAUUGAGAUUAUUUUUGACACAUAAAUAAUGCUUGAGUCAGUGUUGUUUUUGCCCACGUACACAUAUAUACUCGUAUGUAUCUAUGUAUCUAUGUGUAGAUGUGUGCUUUGGUAUGGGAGUGUGAAUGGUUGUCAUUCUGUUGUGAUUCGCUUAUCACAGAUUUGGUUUACGACCGAGCUUUGUUCGCCCAGUUUUUAAGUUGUGAGUGUUGGUUUUUCAUUGCUUGGUUUCGAUUGUUGAUCACUGAUCGCUGAUCGCUGAGCUCUGACCGUUGCUACUUCUACUCUUGUUGCGUUCGAAUAUUAUCGCAGUUUAAAAAGAUUUGUCCUGUAGACGGGAGUGAUUUCAGCAAAGUUCUUUAUUUUGAUUUUUUUCUGAACUGAUAUGGUAAAGUCUGUAAUUGAUUAUUGCCAAGUACACGCAUUUAAGCAAGAGAAGUCUUAUCGACGACCGCCGAAAUCCAAGUGUCUUAAUUUCUGUGCCCACAAAGAUCAGUUGGAGUGGUACUUUAAAUAUAAAAACAAAACAUAAAGUUAGACUCUAUUCGUGGUAUCACAAGUGCAAAUAUGUGUUCUGCGCAUUUAAUCUCAAGACUUGAUUGUGAAUUAUUUAAAAAUUGAAAU